AGACUAUAAAAUGGAUUUCACUUCAUCAUUGCAUUGGUCAGAACUCAACUGCAUUAUCAUGGACAAUUUCAAGGAUCGUGUCCCUAAAUCUGAAGCAGAAGAUGGUGCUACUUUUGUUUUCCCUUUUUUCCAAUUAGCAACAAACGUCAUGUCCGGCAAUCGUUUUCUAUGGAGUGGAAGUGUGGCCGAAAACUCGUUUGUAAACCCAACUUUAAGGAAAGCUGGAUGGGAAGCUGACGUUAUGCUUAUGUCAGCUGACUUCGUUAUAUCACGUGAUAUGCAGCUUCAUUUAUUUCAGGAUAUCCCGGAUGAGCCUGGCUAUGUCAAAGUUGAAGCGACAGAAAACAUUGAGAAUGAUGAGGUGCUUGUUUUCAAGGAGAUCACGCAUUCUGACGGCCACUCACAUCUUUACAUCGUCCCAGAUUUACAACGUUUUUCACCCUAUGACACUGACAGUCUUCUAAAGACGUCUCGUAAAAAUAUUCUAGUCCAAAGUAUUUUUGAUACUUUUGAACUUGACAACCUGUCUUGCGAGCUACAGCCGCAUGGUCCAGCUUUUGCUCAUUCAAUGAAUGGCUUUUCUUCGGUUUUUGAAUUGGUUGCUCGACCAAAGAGAACGGUUUCUAAAUUUCUAGGACACCUAGGUACUAGAGUUUUGGAACACUUUGAUGCAAAACCUCACGUUGAGAAAGAGGUGCACCAAGAAUCUUCGAUCAAAAAAGGUGGUCAAAUGUUUGAUUAUAUGAAACCUCAAACUGAUGCAGUAAUACCUGACAUUGGUUUAAUGAUGGAUAUUUGCCCAGCCAUCAAGUGUGAAGGAUGGCCACACAAAGCCUUACGUUUCUUUCAUCGUACGAGGGUUUGGCCUGAUCACACCAUACUAAACAAACUACUACAAAGUAGUUUCCAUUUUCAUUUGGUUUACAAACCACUCAAUCCUUUAUCACAAGACUCCGUCGAGUGGAGAAUAUCCUUCUCUCAAGCAGAAAUCUCAUUGUUUCAAAGCAUGGAUGCUUUCAGAAUUUACUGUUAUCGUAUUUUUAAAGCCAUUUACUACAGUGAGUUGACGUUACCAAAAGUUCUCAGCUCAUAUCACAUGAAAACCAUCUUCCUGUGGGCGUGUGAGAGAAUACCGUCCGAGAUGUGGGUGGAGUCGAACUUGGCGCAAAUCAUCAUGGGAUUGUUGGAUGAUUUACUGCAUUGCCUGGUUACCAAGAAUUGUCCACACUAUUUCAUUCCUGAAAACAACCUGUUUGCGCAUGUGCAUCAGGACUUUCUAGACCACCUGGCUAAAGUGGUCGCAAAGAUACGAAGAAACCCAGAAAGGUACCCACUUGUUAAAACAUGCAGUGUUGACCAAAGUGCAGCUCAGUCAGCAAGUGGUGACCAAGACAAACCACAGAAUGAAUCACUAGACGAUGGUAUAGAGCUAGACUAACUACUUACUUAUGCAAUGGCAAAACAUCGCGCCAAAAGUAAUAUCGAUCUUGCGACUUUGAACGCUUUUCCCUCUUUUCAUUCUUCUACUUUACUUAGUUUAGAUGCCUGAUGAGGUAUUACUUUAUCACCACCUGUAACACGUUUCAUGACAACCCCGUCACAUGAUCAUCACACCUGUCACAUGACCAACCAUGAAAUACGCCACUAUACUUAUAUCUCAUUCAUCUAAGGGGAAAUUAUUUUGCCGUUUACUCGAUCCAGAGUACCGAUAACAUUUUGUUCGCGAUGAUAAAUUUUGCAAGAACUAUUUCUACAGCUCUUCAAAAUUAUGUCUGAAUGAUGCAAACAUUCACAGAUCAGUCAUUAUUUCUCUAUAUACGUUACAAAGUUUGAAUGCGAAUGUGAAGUGAAAUAAAUAGGCAUGUUACGUGCAUGCAUGUAUGUUACAAAAUUGAAAAAUUUAGAAACUGACUGAUGCAAACACCAAUAUAAAUCAUUACAAAAUGUU